CAGAGACAGAGAACAGAUCCUGCUGCAGUUAACAGAAAUAUAUAAAUGUUUCUGUGACUGAUCUGACUCAAACACACACUGACACACUGAAGUUUAACAGCAUGACUGACGAGUGAGAAAUAACAGAACUGGGCUGUUUUAGUGUCUAAUUCCAAUCAACCAGACCAAGAUCAGACAUGGGACCAUCUACUGACCUCUGUGAUCCUCAGACUGGAUUCACCUCUCCCUGAAUUACAGCAGCAAACAGCUGGUUUACCUGAAGACAAAGGAAAGGGAGGUAGAGCGUGAGGACGGCUCAGGCGGGGUCAGUGGUUAAACUUUAACAGCAGGAAUUCAGACAAGACGAGGAGAAGACUUUACCCACAGAAAACAACACUUUUAAAUCCACACACAGCACAGCACAGGGCAAACAGCCAAAGCAGAAAUCCAGCCCUCAUUCCAGACCGGCUUCUGACUUCUGGUAACUGCGUCAAACUCAGCGUAAGUGAAACCAUGAAAGUGAAACUAUAAGAGUGAAACUAGGGCGAGUUGUUUGUGCCAGAGCAGCAGACACAGAGUGAGCUCUGCCGGUUCCUUUUCCAGCUUCUCCUCAAGAAAAAUCCUCUGCAAUCUCAGAGAAAACACAAAGACUGUUCUUCACAUUCUUCUGUCUCUAAGGGAAGAGCAGAUUUUCUUAUUUCCUGCCUUCUCCCUCCUCUCAGCAGCAGCAUGCCAGACACUAAUCUGUGCUUGGAGGCCCUGUCGGCUCUUUCCGGCUGUAACGUGGAGCCGACCAGCGGACCCUCCCAGCUCACCCCGCAGGACUUUGUCAACAUCGUGGCCCUCAAGGAGUUUUACAAGCAGGAAGGGUAUAAGGAACUGGAAUACCCCAGUUUAGGCACCCUGUCCCUGCAGGACAUAGGCGACGAGGACCUGUACAGCUCCCCCCCAGCACUGACUGAGGGCCCCGGGCCGGAGGAGAGCCUCAGGACCACGGUGAAGAUCAACCCUCAGGACUUUUUCCAUCCUCAGUACGACUACGACUUCACCAACAUCAAGGACGGAAACAAGAAGUUCCUGCGUGGUAAUGAGCAGUACGUCCGGCCCUGUGGGUGGAACCGCGUCGCCCUCCGAGUCAUGCAGAGAUACGACAGCGGGGACGACUGGCUCGGGAUGGGUAAAGAUGCCUGGCCCGUCUCCUACCACGGACACAACAUGGACGGCUCCCUCGGCGUCAUCCUGAUCCACGGAGGGAGCCCUGACAACGACCAGUUUCUGGACGCCGCCGCCGCCAGUCUGGUCGCCGGUGAGACGAGGGGUAGAGGGGUGUACUCCACACCGGACAUCAAGAUGGCGGAGAAGUACUGCAAGAGCUUCAAGUCCAAAGUGGAUGGGAAGACGUACAAAGUGGUUCUUCAGAACCGUAUCAACCCCGAGAAGAGGAAGAAGUGCCAGAGAGAAGACAUCUGGUUGGUCUACGUCCCCGAAGGCCGCAACGACGUCCAGGUGAGGGCCAUCGUCCAGGAGUCCAUCCGUCCGUACGGGCUGCUGCUGAAGCAGGCGUGAGCCGAACGCGGACGGGAACUACGCCAACAGAACGUGCUCUUGAAUAUCAACAAAAAAACCUCACAAAAAUGACUUCAGUCUUUUCCACUGACAUCAGGUGAAAGUGAAUUCUAAAAGAUGGGAUUGAUGGGAGUUCAUCUGUGAACACUGAACACAGUGUGCCACAGUCUACAUGUUGUGUUCAACCGUCAGACAAACGGUGCAAACAACAAAGCAACAUGUUAAAGCCAAUCACACUGCUCCACUGGAGCCUGACGCCCUCUGCAUCUGGGAGGCUGAUUUUGCUGCCAUCUACUGUCAUAUACUGAUAUUUCAUUUCUUCCUUGUAAACAAAUAGUUCCAUACAAAGCUGAUGAUGAAUUAUUCUAGUUUUUAUCAAUUCAGUAAAAAAAAUCUGUUCUGAUUUUUUACUUGAUUUUUUUUCCGGUGAACUGGACUGACCAUAGACACCAGGUGAACCAGGUGUGCUUUGAAAACACAAAGUGGUUUUAAUAUUUUAGCAUUACAGAUUUCCACUGAGGGUUAAGCUGAGUAAGAUUUGAUUAGAUUUUAUUAUUACACCUCAUUGAAAAUGUUGUGUGGUGUCUGAUGUCUUUCACUGUCUGACGUCUUUCACUGUCUGAUGUCUUUCACUGUCUGACGUCUUUCACUGUCUGAUGUCUUUCACUGUCUGACGUCUUUCACUGUCUGAUGUCUUUCACUGUCUGACGUCUUUCACUGUCUGAUGUCUUUCACUGUCUGACGUCUUUCACUGUCUGAUGUCUUUCACUGUCUGACGUCUUUCACAGCAGCAUUGCUCAGUGUUUUUCCAACAUGUUUCUUUGUCUCUUGUAUCUUUUCUUUUCGUAGUCCUCACAUCCACUGGGACUACAGUUCAAUAUGUAUAACAUGUUUUGCACUGGGUGUAAUCACCACUGCACGUUUUCUUUGUGUCUGGAUGAAUAAUUAAACACUGUUUUCA